AUUGCGUCGCAUCAGAUCGUGAAGGACUGUCGUUUGGCUACUACACAUACCGAGCUAAGAACAAAAAUAAAAAAUACAAUAUUUUUCCUAUACUUUGGCGUGUCUUAAGUUCAUAUAUACUAAUUUAUUCCAUGGGAUGUGCCGUGAUCACAAUAGAAACUAAUUACUUAUUACAAAGCAUUGCCUGACAUUGAUUAUGCAAUGUUAUUGUUUUAUAAGUAAAACCAGGUAUUUCCAAGCUUCAGCUCAUUGAGUGAGAGACAGUACACCAUGAAGUACACAUUGAUAAUAUUUUUUAUAGUAGCUAUAAGUAAAACUAAGUGUAACGUGACAGCUAAUGCUAAAAAUGUGGGGGAAGGAGAUAUAUCGACGACACGCCUGCCGUCAGAUUUUACGGGGAAUAAAGAACUGAGUGACAAAAAACUCGAGUCUUCGAAAAAUGUCGGGAAUGGUGAAAGUAGUGUGUACCUGGACGAUGUGAUAUUUGCUAUGAAGAAUCAGAACUGGACUGCUGAAGAAAAGCCGUGCCUAGAUCAUAUCUACCGUUUGCUGGCUGGUUUGCAGAAUUUUACUCUUUGGGCCGUUUGGGAAUGGGACGCCCAAGCAUCGGAACCACAAGGUCUUUUAUUUGGUAACCGCUACCAGCUUGGUAACUUUGACCAAUGCAUGAACGCGCCCUGGGCGAAGACACACCCGGAGCUGAAGACCAAAUACUGCCUCGCUGAGAUACGCCUGGAGAGAACUGAUAAGGCUGUGAGAAGACGAGUAGACCGACCCACGUAUCCGUAUCAAUCUGCACUGGAUUAUAUCGAGUACCAUGUACCUCACUCUCGUCCCCUGAACGAGCUGACAUGGGGUGCCUGUGUCCCUUCAUCAUGUCCUCCAAGGACUGUGGAACAGUUGCUUGGCAUUAUGCUGGCACGGAGCCAUCUUGGAGCUGCAGGCAUCAAAGCCGACAUCAGUGUCGACGAACCUUGCCAGAGCGCUGAGGAUGAACUGGAAUAUGACGCGUUGUUCUAUGCGUUUUUCAUCGUCAUGGGCUCAGUGACGGCUAUCGCUCUGGUUUGCACGUACUUGAAUUACCAGAGGACACAGGACUCAUCGCUAGACGCAGAUUCCAGAGAACCAGACUUCAUAAGCGCAUUCUGUUUAAGAGAGAAUGCUUCAGAUCUUCUUCGGAUGAAGAAGGAAGGUGUAGAAGUGUUUUACGGGAUUCGAUUCCUGACCAUAUGUCUCAUAGUGAUGGACCAUCAGAUCGGAAUCUAUAACGCUGGGCCCAUCAGUGAUGCGUUGUCUUCUGAUGAGGAGGUGAAUAAGACUACGCUGGGCAUGCUGAUACUACACGACGAUCUCUUUGUGGACACUUUCUUCCUACUCUCUGGGUUCCUUACCGUCACGAAUUUGGUAAAGUUUAACAGACUACCGAAUCCAUUGUUUAUUAUUCUGAAGAGAUAUGUAAGGUUGGUGGUAGCUCUGGCAGUGGUCAUCUUCUACAUCAGUGCUGUGCACCCAUACACCGGGACCGGCCCACUAUGGAAGAGGGCCAUUGCAUACGAUACUACGCACUGCCGCAACAACUGGUGGCUCAACCUCCUCAUGCUCAAUAAUUAUAUUAAUCCGGAGAGUAUGUGCAUAAUACCUUCGUGGUACAUUCCGUGCGACUUCCACUUCUUCGUGGUGACUAUCCUGGUGUACUGCAUCUACAGGACGUGGCCGAAGCUAGGCAUCACCAUCGCAGCCCUAUUAACUGCCGCGUCUAUCAUUGCACCGGGCGUCGUCAACUAUAUGAAUGAGCUGUCCGCUGUACAACUCUUCACUUUUGAUUUCAUAUUGAACCCUCGCGGCAGUAAGGACUUCAAGCUGACUUACAUCCCGAGCCACACGCGGUUCGCCUCCUACCUGGUCGGCUUCUACAUCGGCUACGUGUUCAUCAAGUACAGCAGCAAAGGCCUGGACAGGAUGAGACAGAAAUGGUCGGUUCUUGGUGCACUCGCAGCCUUAACGCUGAUGUUACUGGUGAUGUUGCUGGGUAGUUCCUACCUCUGGCGCAGUUACCACCCGCUAGAGGGCGCCGUGUACGCAGCGCUGAACCGGCCGGUCUGGGCUCUCGGUGUGGGGCUGUUAGUACUGUGCUGCUCGCUUGGACAUGUCCCACUUAUAAAAUCGUUCCUGAGCUGGUACCCCUGGGUGCCUUUGAGCCGACUCUCCUACGGCCUGUUCUUGACCCACGCGAUGUUGAUCGCGAGGAACGUCUUCAUCACCAGAAACCCACAGCAUAAUGAUUACGUUGAAAUUGUGAAUACAACCAUAGGAAUAAUAUUCUUCGGAUGUCUGGCAGCGCUAGCCAUCUUCUUACUAGCUGAAGCUCCCGCCAACAAAUUAUUGGCCUUGUGCUUGAAGUCUAAAGUCAAAAAGAUGAAGGAUCAAGAAUCGAACCCUGAUCCUUUGAGCACAACAACAAGUAUGAGCACAGUACCAACGGGCAGCGGGUAUUUAAGCGAGAACCUACCAGGGACAAUACAAUACUCUUCUAAGAUAUAAAUACAUACAUAAUACAUAGAUAAGUACAUAAUAUAUUAUUAUGUGGCAGAUUGUUGUAUGAAAAACAUUACUUAUAGGCAUAAAACUUUAAGUAAAGAUUCAGUUAAGUGUCAUAAUAAAACAAA